UUGGACUACCAGCGCAUGUACGGCACCCGCUGCAAUGGCUGUGGGGAGUUUGUGGAAGGUGAAGUAGUGACAGCUCUGGGAAAAACUUACCAUCCAAGCUGCUUUGCCUGUACUGUCUGCAAGCGUCCAUUUCCACCAGGAGAUCGAGUUACCUUUAAUGGAAGGGACUGUCUCUGUCAGAUGUGUGCUCAGCCGAUGUGCUCCAGCCCAAGAGAACUGUCUGCCUCAAGCAAUUGCGCUGGCUGUGGAAGAGACAUCAAAAAUGGACAAGCAUUGCUAGCCCUGGACAAGCAGUGGCACCUGGGGUGCUUUAAGUGCAAGGCCUGUGGGAAGGUCUUAACCGGGGAAUACAUCAGCAAAGAUGGUGCUCCUUACUGUGAAAAGGACUACCAAGUUCUUUUUGGAGUCAAGUGUGAAGCAUGUCACCAGUUCAUUACUGGGAAAGUUCUAGAGGCAGGUGACAAGCAUUAUCAUCCAAGCUGUGCACGAUGCAGCAGAUGCAACCAAAUGUUCACAGAAGGGGAAGAAAUGUAUCUGCAAGGUUCCACUGUCUGGCAUCCCGACUGUAAGCAAUCCACUAAGACUGAAGAGAAGCUCCGGCCUACAAGAACAUCAUCAGAAAGCAUUUAUUCCAGACCAGGUUCCAGUAUACCUGGCUCUCCAGGCCACACUAUCUAUGCAAAAGUAGACAAUGAAAUCCUUGAUUACAAGGAUUUAGCAGCCAUUCCCAAAGUCAAGGCCAUUUAUGACAUUGAACGUCCAGACCUAAUUACUUAUGAGCCAUUCUACACCUCCGCCUACGAGGACAGACAGGAGAGACAGAGUCUUGGAGAGUCUCCAAGGACAUUAUCACCUACCCCUUCUGCAGAAGGCUACCAGGACGUCCGGGACCGCAUGAUUCACAGGUCUACCAGCCAGGGCUCUAUAAACUCCCCCGUGUACAGCCGGCACAGCUACACCCCCACCAUGUCACGUUCCCCCCAGCAUUUCCACAGACCUGGCAAUGAGCCGUCCAGCGGUCGGAACUCCCCUGUCCCCUAUCGGCCUGACAGUCGCCCUCUCACUCCAACUUACGCUCAGGCCCCUAAACAUUUCCAUGUUCCAGAUCAAGGUGUCAACAUUUACAGGAAACCGCCCAUCUACAAACAACACGAUGCAGCUGCCUUGGCAGCACAGAGCAAGUCCUCCGAGGAUAUCAUCAAGUCCUCCAAGUUCCCAGCAGCUCAUGCACCAGCACCCAACGAGAUACCAAAGAUUGAGACUGACCACUGGCCAGGCCCUCCCUCCCUGGCUGCCAUAGGAGCUGACAUGAGACGCAGAUCAAGUGGAAGGGAGGAAGAUGAUGAGGAGCUGCAGAGACGCCGGCAGCUGCAGGAGGAGCAGCUCAUGAAGCUCAACUCUGGUCUGGGACAGUUAAUAUUGAAGGAGGAGAUGGAAAAGGAGAGUCGCGGUAGGUCAGCCCUUUCUGCCAGUCGUUACGAUUCUCCAGGUAAUUCAUGGAGGCAUAUUUCUACCUCCAAAACCUCUUCUCUCCCUGGCUAUGGAAAAAAUGGACUUCACAGGCCGGUCUCUACGGAUUUUGGUCAGUACAACAGUUAUGGGGAUGUGAGUGGUGCUGUUAGAGAUUUCCAGUCCCUCCCGGAUGGUGUUGUCCCUGGAAUGAGAAUGGACAGAGGAGUAUCUAUGCCUAACAUGUUGGAGCCAAAGAUUUUUCCAUAUGAAAUACUCAUGGUGACCAACAGAGGGCGAAAUAAAAUACUAAAAGAUGUAGACAGAACCAGGCUGGAGCGCCACUUAGCACCUGAAGUUUUUCAAGAAAUAUUUGGCAUGACGAUACAGGAGUUUGACAAGUUACCUCUCUGGAGACGCAACGACAUGAAGAAAAAAGCAAAACUCUUUUAAUCUCCCUUUAAACAAACCAACCACAAAUGAUGUAUAGAAUAUUGUAUCACACAGUCCAAACUGUGUGGAAGCAACUACUUACCCACCAAAAAGGGAAAAUCAACAUUGUGGCACCUCUGCAGUUGAACAAGAUGAACAUUUGCCCUCCUGGAAUGCAGGGAGAAAAUAUCUGGGUUCAGAAACAGCAAUGACAAUUUUCAGAGGUGUCAACCUAUUACCUGGUAUUAUACAAGAUAGAAAACUGUUCUGUUCUUCUCCCUCAAUGAUAUUCCCUUUACUUCUCUCCACAAUACGAUGGACUUAAUUGCUAGAGCCAGGAAGUGCCCUUAGGAUGCCUUGCAGACUAAAGUAGUUGUAACCACUCCAAGAACUGGAAGAGAAUAUAUACAUAUAUAGAUAUAUAUAUAUAUAUAUGUAUGCGUGUUUGCCUGUGUGUGCACAUGUAUUUGUAUCUCUCCAUCUAUCUCUGUGUGUGUAUGUGUGUAUAUAUGUGUGUAAAUAUGGAGAGGGACAUAGAUAGGUCUAUAGUGAAGGAGAAGCCCCUUGUAACUU